GACUUCUCCUCCUUCUUGAAUCUUUCACUUUGUUAACUCUACACAAAGUCUUCGUGUUUUAAUGCCUCAUGUUAGAGCGUCUUAAUCCGAGAAUCAGAUUUUAUGGCCCGAAGGGUUUAUGGAUUCUUUAUUUUGUUAAUCUUUUUCAAUCUUCUGAUCAGCUUUUCUAAUGGAAACUCUAGUGGGCUGUGCAUUUCUCAAGGUGGUCGUUUCCCACCAUUUUCAUCUGAAGGGAAACCUCCAAAAAAGGUAAGCAAGGGACGCAAUGAUUUGACCCUUUGUAGGGUGUUCCGCAAAAAGACUUGCUGUGAUGUUACCCAGACACAUGCUGCUUUACUAUCCAUAAGGAGGCUGGCUUCAAGGGGAGAGGCCAACCAAGAGUGCUUGCACCUCUGGGAAUUAUUGGAAUGUUCAAUUUGUGAUCCAAGUGUUGGCGUUCAACCUGGACCCCCUCUUAUAUGUGCCUCAUUCUGUGACAGAGUCUAUGAAGCGUGCUCUAAUGCUUACUUCUCUAUGGAUGCUAAGACACAGGUUUUAGCACCAUGUGGAGUAAACGAGUUUGUUUGUGGUAGAGCUGCCGAAUGGGUCACUAACGGCACUGAGCUCUGCCGCACUGCAGGUUUUGCUGUUAAACUGCCAGAAGACAUUUACACUGACCUAGAAGAAGCAUCUUGCUAUGGUGGUAAAGCAAGUUUGGAUAAGAUUGCUGACUCAUGGAGAGCUUCACGAUCUGAGGUGCCCCAGAAACCUAACAAGCUCAGUCUGUUAGAAGAUUUCCUGCAGAGGCUGCAGGUUAUGCCAUUCAGCGACAGAGUUUCUUGGGCAGUGGGGGGAAUGGUUCUUACAGCGGGACUAUUGUUUGUGAGUAAUAGAAAGAGCCAUAAUCAACGUCAAAAACUGGCUGCUAUUCAACGCACAGCAAGGAAACUGGAAGGCAAGAUGAACCAAGCAUCUCCUGUUAGUCAGGGAAAUAGGAGAGGUGGUCGGCGGUAAAUGCCUCCUUGUAUGUAACAUAGUUAUCCAUGUUAAUUUCCAGGUUCUGUGAUGAAUGAAUUAUGAUCAAGUACAUUAAUACAUUUAAUUUUAGAUAAGAAAUGUGUUAUUUUUGGGAUUGUAUA